AUUAAAACUUCACUCUGUUUUGGAAUUUUGUGCAUGUUAGACGUCUGCUACGCCCGUAUCGUCGUGCAUUGUUGUAAACUAAAGUAAUUCAACAAAAAAUCGUGAGAAGUUCAUUUAACGGUUUAUUUGAGAUCCAUUCAUCAUUAAAUAAACGCGAGUGUUUUUAUUUACAAUAAAUUAGAGUGAAAUAAAAUAUGGAAAAUUAAAAGAAAUAAAAAUAAAAUAUUAAAGAAAAGAAAUAAAAAAAUUAUUUGACAAACAAAAAUAAACAAAGAUUCAAAGAGUGUAGAAAACAUGGUGGAAAAUUUAUUUUAAAACACAUACAUACAUAUGUACAUACAUAUCUAGUGGAGAAAGAAAGUUAUAUUGAAAACAGAAAUAAAAAAAAACAUAAGAAAUCAAGUCUUUUUUUGUGAAAUAUUUAUAUAGAAAUUACAAAAAUUCGCGUAUUUCGAUUUGGAUUAAUUUUUGCUUUGGAUUUACGUGAGGGUUAUAAUAAAGUGUGCCGGGAUCAUAAUUUUUAUUUAACCUUUUAACAAACAUUUUUUUUUAAUCUGCUCGCUUUAGUUUUGUUGAAUUCUACGGCGUCAUCAUUUGGAAAAACUUCAAUUACUUGUCAAUUACUUUGGCUGGAAUUUAAUCCGUUAAAGGUCAGUUGCUUUUAAAUAAAUUUAAAGACGAAAUUUUCAUUUAUGUUGAUUCAGUCAUAAAGAAACAUAAUUUGAGGUUAAAUUUUUGGCUUGAACAUCGUUUGCGGUUGAAUAUUGUUUUCGAAAGAAAGGCGAAGCAAAAGCUUUCAAAUUUAAACAGUAACAAAAUGAUGGCUUAUAUGGCUCCAAGACGUCGUUUGGGCUCUAUAGGAGACUCAGCUCCCCCAUCCGAAUCAUCUGAAGGUACUAAUUCAUCCGAAAAUCAUGAUAUGAUAUUGAAUUCCGAAUGGUCUCAUGGCUCACAGAAUGGUGUUACCAACCACAAUUCCAUGUUUCUUAAUUCGGAAGGAGACACCGAUACAAUUAGCACGGAUACGGCCAGCAAUACCAUGUUAUCGGACUAUGAAAGAGGACAAGUUGAAAGUUUCUUCGGUGGUUUGGGUACAGAAAUAUUUGUAAGUUCAUCUUUAGCCAAUCUAUAUGAGGGUACUGGCAAAGACAACGACUGGCAUUUGGUAUUCACUGGUAUACCGGUUGUAUUGUAUGAUCGUGGCAGUGCUCGGGCAAGAUCCAUACCCCGAGUAACCUUAGUCUUGGCUGAGCGUGGUUCGUGUUUUGCUUUAUGGUCGGAUCGCAUAGAUAACUUGUCCAACUAUCGUGUGGCCGGUCCCUCAUUCCAUACCAUGUGCUUAUCCAGCAACCACCAACAAAUGAUUGGUUUUAGUUUUGACUCCACAGAAUCGGCUCGAGAACUUUGGCAGCAUAUGGAACGAUUGGUAAGCGAUCCCGAAAAUAUUGCGCUCUCCAUGGCCGGACGAAAGAAACAUAAGCAAAAACGCUCUAAACCAGCACCUUUGCCACCGAAAGCACAAAUUUCUCAUCCAUGUCAAUUUCAUCAUGUCACCAGUGUGACCAAAGAUGAUACGGAACGAUACUAUAGUAUGCAGGCAUUUGCCGCCAUGAGUCAACGUUAAAUUAAAUUUAAAAAAAAAAAAACAAAACAAUAUAACACGAUUUCAAUUUAAAGUCGGCAAUCUUAAGGACAUUUAUAUAAUUAAUAUGUAGCUUUUAAGUACAACUACAUUAAAUAGUUUUAAUUAUACAAAUUCAACAAGUACAUGUGUGUGUAUGUGUAUGUAUAUUCUUAUGUGUGUAAGUAAAUUUGUAUAAAUUUUUAUCCAUAUUUUUAUGUUUUUGAUUUAAUUGAGAAAAAAAUAUUUAUCUGUGAUAUAAAUACAAAUUACUAUUAUUUGUUUAAGUUGUUUUUUACAUCACUUUUAGUUUUGUUAAAUAUGAAAUUUAACAAAAAAAUAAAAUACGAAUGAAAACAAGCAAAUAGUUAAUAUACAACUUUAUAUAUUAGGGUGGGUCGAUUUUUUUCAUAAAAAAUCGUAUAGCAGAAACGCACUCUCCGGAAAAUUCUAAGAAAUUUUCCACAAGAUACCAUAAGUCUAAAAUCAAAUCCUAUCUUGCGCAUAUCGACUUUUAUCCAAUAAAAAACUAUUAAAAAAAAAUAUAUACUGAAAUAUCAUUGGAUAAAAGUCGAAAUGCGCAAGAUAGGAUUUCAUUUUAGAACUAUGAAUUCUUGAGGAAACUUCCUUAGAAUUUUAAGUAGAUUGCGUUUCUGCUAUACGAUUUUUCACUUUUUUUCACUAUUAUAUAUGUAUGCUUUAGUCUUAAAUUUAGUAUAGAAAAUUAAAUUUAUUGACCCUUAAAUAAAGUUGUACAAGCGCCAUGAAUUAUUUUUAAGUUGAUUUUCAUUAACUUUUAUCAGAAAAUGUUUAAAUAUACUAAAAAGUUAAAUAUUAAGUCAGAUUUACGCAUUCAAUAGUCGUUUUCAAUAAUAAGGACUGAGAUCGUAAAAUUCUUAACACACGUUUUUCAUUAAAACUUUUAACCCAAGUAUUAUUUGAUUAUUUUUUUGAUCAAGUUACCUUUGUUGUUGUAGCAGCAGUUGUUGCUGAGUUGGCAGCCCUUGGCCGAGUGAUCUCGGGUCAUUCCGGUGCAUAGAACCGGCUGUCAUGGGAAUGAGUUACCUUUGUAAAGCAUGUCAAUUAUGUUCAUUUGUUGUUAAUCUGAUUAAAAUGAGUGACCAGAAAAAAGUGCGUUCUAAAUUUAUUAAAUAUUUUCAACAAAAUCCAAAUUCUGCUAUCAAACUGUUUCCAAUGUUAUUAAACAGUACCGGGAGAACUUGUUUGUUGCAGAUGAUCGAGGGAAUGUUGAAGAAAAGUUUAGGACCCAAAAGCAGACAAAAUUUCCCAAAAAGUUCUUGGUAUUUCAAGCAAUAUGCACUUGCGGCAAAAAAGCCAAACAUUUGUUACAUAGGGUUCUAUAAAUACCGAAAUUUACAUCCAGGAAUGUUUACAAAAAAGGAUGUUUCCAUUCAUAAGACUUCUUAAUAUGUCCACUUAUUUUUAGCCUGAUUUGGCAUCUGUCACUAUGGUAAGACAGGUCUUGAGUGGUACAAGAACAAUAAUGUGGUAUUUGUACCAAGAGAGGCAAAUCUUCCAAACUGCCUGGAGCUGAGUCCAGUGGAGAGAUAUUGGGCUGUUGUUAAAAGGGAAUUGAAGAGCUCAAAAAGGUGUCCAAAAGUGUAGUAGAUUUUAAACUGGGAGAUGGACAACCUGUUCGACCAAAGUGACAUAAAGCACUAUAAAAACCAUAAUGGGUUUUCGAAAAAGGUACAAAAUUUCAUCAUUAGUGAUUAGAACUAUAAAUUGUAACAAUAAUUUCAAUCAAUUAAAAAAAGAUUCAAAACUGUAAGUUCAGUGGUUUCAUUUUUAUUAACAUUGGUUAUAAAGGCAGCUAGUAUCAAUCAGUUCACUUGGGUCCAUGAAUUGGUCCCUUUGUGUUAUUAACAUACAUAUAUGUAUGUUAAAAAUUUUUCGAUCUCAGUCCUUAUUAUUCUAAUUAUUCUAAUUAUUAUUUUGUAACCCAAUAAGUCAAUAUAAUAAAUAAGCUAUGAACAUCUAACAAAAAUGUCACAUUAUACAUUUAAUUAGAAAGAAAUACAUGCAAUUAAACUAAACUAAAAUUGUUGUUAAAAACUUUACGUGUACAGUAACUAAAAAAAUAAACAUUUAUGUUAAAAUAUAAAACCGUAAAUUAAGUUCGAAAAAUUACAUACAUAUAAUAUUAUAUCAAUAUAAAUUAUAAAUAAAAUAUAUUUCCUAAAAUCCAAACUAAA